AUGUCACAGAAAGAUAUUGGUGGAAGCUCAAAUAGAGCCAGAUCUGGUUCAGCAGGUGUUGGAUUAAUUCAUCCGGAUUUAGGAACAUUAACUACCACUGAUCCAAGUUUAGUCAUGGGCUCAUCAACACCCAAUGUCGCUUCUGGAACUACAGGAGGAGGUGUCGAUAUCCCUCCUGAUAUGGCUAUAUUAUUACAGAAAUUAGAUGAAGAUUUUAUGGUUAAUAAAACUAUUGAUCAGUGGACUUAUAUUAAUAGAAGAGAAGAAAUCAUGCAAUCUAUCAGUAGACUACAUCAAAAACAACAACAACCAGAUAUUCAAUUAGAUCCAUCAAAAUUGGAAAUGCCAUUGAAUCCAAGAAGAUCAGCUGAUUUAAUGAAUUCAAAUAGAUCGAAAGAAGAUGACGAUGAUCUAGUUGAUAUAUUAGCCAAAAGAGCAAAUAUUUAUAAAGCAGAACAAGCAUUUAUUGUGUUGGAUUCAAGAGGAAAAGAAGUUAAUUCAAUAACUUGGGAGAAAUUAUAUCUAAAAAGUAUGAAAGUUGCUUAUGAAAUCCAACAUAAAUUAACGUUAAAGAAUAGUGAUACGGUUGUCUUGUUAUAUAAGGAAGGUGAAGUAGCUGAAUUUGUAGUUGCAUUGUUUGGUUGUUUCAUGGCUGGUGUGACUGCUAUCCCAAUUCAUCAAGAUAUAUCCUUACAUGAAGUAUUAGAGAUUAUAGGAUUAACAGGAACCAAAUUGCUCCUUUAUUCUGAAACUGUUGCCAAAGAACUAGACCGACUUAAUGCACAAAAUCUGAGAAUCAAUUGGCCCUCUAAAUUGACUAAAUGGAGAACAACUGAAUUUGGAUCAGCUAAGAAAUCAGAAAUAGUUCAUUGGGAUAUGAGACAAAAAAGCAGACAGAAAGCAAAGAACAACGAUAAUGGUACAAAUUUGGCAUAUGUGGAAUUUUCAAGAUCUCCAUUGGGUGAAUUAAGAGGAAUUGCUCUUAGUCACCGAACAAUACAGCAUCAAAUGCAUUGUCUUAAUGUUUCCCUUCUGAGUUUACCAAAUGCUGGAGGUGCUCUACAGAGGAGUUAUCGUGAUCUCAAACGAGAUGCUAAAGUUGUUUUAGCUACCUUGGAUAUUAGGUUCUCGAUCGGAAUGAUUUUGGGAGUGUUGUUUAAUAUUUAUUCCGGGAAUAUCACUAUUUGGGCACAUCAACGAGUCAUGGAAGUCCAAGGUUUAUAUGCGAAUAUUAUAACAAAAUGUCGUGCAUCGUUAUUACUUGCGGAUUAUAUUGGGUUGAAACGAGUCACUUAUGAUUAUCAACUGAGUCCAAACGCAACUAGAUAUUUUUCAAAAACCCAACGAGUGGAUUUUUCAUCCGUGAAAUGGGUAUUAGUAAAUGCAUUAACUAUUGAUGGAGAAUUUGUGGAAAUUUUAUCACAAAGAUAUUUAAGACCUUUGGGUUGUCAACAUCCUGAAAAUGCAAUUAUUCCAAUGUUAACUCUAAGCGAUUAUGGUGGAAUGGUUAUCUCAUUACGUGAUUGGAUAGGAGGAAAAGAUAAAUUAGGAAUAACGCUUUCAAAAGAGGAUUCCGAGUCUUCAUCUGGUGGUGAUCUAUCUUCUGUUCUAAUUGAUAAAGAAGCACUUUCGAGAAACGUUGUUCAGAUUGUGGAAACAAAUCCGUCAACUUCAGAUGAUGUGAGUAAUGGUUUAUUAAGGGUAGAUGCAUUCGGAUACCCCUUGGCUGAUGCUACGUUGGCGGUGGUUAAUCCAGAACUGUCGAUUUUGGUAAGUAAAGGAGAAUUGGGGGAGGUUUGGAUAGACAGUCCUUGUCUCCCUGGGGGAUUCUAUGGACUACGAAAAGAAUCCAAGCUGAUUUUCCAUGCGAAAUGCCGUGGUCCAUAUGGGUAUUUAGAACAGGAUUUCUUGAGAACUGGAUUAUUGGGAUUUACAUUCAAUGGGAAGGUAUAUGUUCUUGGUUUAUAUGAAGAUAGAAUACGACAAAGAAUCAGUUGGAUUGAUCAAAAAUUAUAUAGUAAGAUGAAUCGAGAAUUGGUAAUUGAAAAUGGAUCAAGGUAUCAUUAUUCAUCGCAUUUAUUGGCUACGUUAGCUAGUGAAGUUAAACAGGUCUAUGAUUGUACUAUAUUUGAUAUCUUUAUCGGGAAUGAAUAUUUACCAGUUGCUAUAGUUGAAGCCGAAGUGAUUAGGAAAACGGUUGAUGAUUCGGGUACUGCAGAUGGGCAGCCUGGAUCUGGAGGAACAAAGAAGAAUGCAGAAGGUGAUUUUAUUAGCGGAGUUCCUUUGAAUGAACCUGUGUUGAAUGCGAUUGCUGAGAAAUGUUUUGAUACUUUAUACAAAAGACAUUUAUUAAGAUUAUAUUGUGUAUUGGUUGUUGAUUGUGACACAUUACCUAAGAUUAUGAGGAGUGGAGGUCGAGAAAUUGCCAAUAUGUUGUGUAAAAAGAGAUUCCUUGAAGGGUCUUUACGUGCAGAUUUUGUUAAAUUUUUCGUCAGGAAAUCUAUAAGUAUGAUCCCACAUGGUGAAGAUAUAAUUGGUGGUAUUUGGUCCCCUUAUGUUUCUGAAUUAAGAUCAUUGGCACUUGCAAAUUUCGCAGAACAAUAUUCUUCAGUAGAUUAUCGAGAAAAAUCAAUUGACGAUAAGACAGGUGCACCAUUGACUGAUUUUAAAAGUAUUGCUGAUAUAUUGAAAUUGCGGGUUGCCAAACAGCCUGACGCCAUUGCAUUCCAGAAUGUUGACAAUAAUAGUAAAUCAAAACCAUUGACUUGGAGGAAAUUUGAAAAUCGUGUAUAUGCUGUCUGUCAUUACUUGAUUGAGAAAGCUGCAGUUAAACCAGGACAAUAUGUAAUAUUAAUGUAUUCGCUUUCUGAAGAAUUCGUGAUUGCAGUUCAUGCAUGUUUGAUAUGUGGCAUUAUUGCAGUUCCUAUGCUUCCAUUUGAUUCCAAUCGUAUUGGGGAAGAUUUCCCAGCAUUUGUGGGUGUGAUUCGAGAUUUUGACAUUUCGGAAAUUUUAGUGAAUGAUGAAAUUGAGAAAUUCUUAAAGAAUGGUCCGGUUGCUGAUUCGUUGAAAAAGAUCAGUCACAAGCGAGUGAAGGGCUUGAAGAUUAAGAAUACGACGAAAUUGACUAAGUUGCCUAAUCUUGCCCUGUUGAAUUCAAAGAUUUCAACUUAUCAAGCCGCAGUUAAUUUCAGGGAUGAACAUACAACCGCAUUGGUAUGGUUAAAUUUCUCCUCGGAUCAUUAUCGUGUUGGUACAACAUUGAGUAAUAGGAAUAUAAUUGGUAUAUGUAAGGUAUUCAAAGAAACAUGUAAUAUGAAUUCCCAAACACCAAUUGUUGGAUGCGUUCGUCAUGCUUCAGGAAUUGGAUUUGUUCAGGCUUGUUUAUUGGGUGUGUUUUUAGGUACAACUACAUACCUAAGUUCACCCGUUAAUUAUGCUGAAAAUCCACUUUCAUUUUUCCUUACACUUGCAAGGUAUAAAGUUAAAGAUGUUUUCGUUACUGAACAAAUGCUUAAAUAUGCCGCCAUUAAAUUCACUCCUAAGGGUUUUAAUUUGUCAAGUUUGAAGAACAUGAUGAUUAGUACUGAAAAUAGAGUGGAAAUUGAUUUCUUGAGAAAGAUUUCUCGAGUAUUUACACCCACCAAAUUAAGUGCUGCUUCGAUGUCAACUGUCCAUAACCAUUAUUUUAAUCCAAUUGUGGCUACUCGUUCAUAUAUGACUGUUGCUCCAGUUGAUUUAUACCUAGAUCCAAUUGCUCUUAGACAGGGAUAUGUUUCACUAGUGAAUCAAGCGGAAGUGCCUAAUGCUUUACACGUUCAAGAUUCAGGAAUGGUACCUGUAUGUACUGAGAUUGCUAUUGUUAAUCCCGAAACUAGAAAAGUAUGUCGAGAAGGUGAAUUUGGAGAGAUUUGGAUUAAGUCAGAAGCGAAUCUUACUUCAUUUACUAAUGGUCCAAAAGGUCCAGUGGAUGGUUUCAGUCAAGCACAAUUCAAUGCUGUGAUUGCUGAUGGGGAUCCAGAAAUGAAAUAUGCCCGUACUGGAGAUUUAGGUUUCUUGCAUAAUAUAUCUAUUACCAAGAAUGGAAGUGAAACAUCUGCCAAUCAUGAGCCGGAAAUUUCAUCAUUUCAACCAUUGUUUGUAUUAGGAAAGAUUUCGGAAACAUUUGAAGUAUUGGGAUUACAUCACUUCCCAAUUGAUAUUGAGAAUACGAUUGAAUCAUGUCAUUCUGAUAUUUAUAAGAACGGGUCAUGUGUUUUUAAAUGUGCUGAUUAUACGAUUCUAGUGUGUGAAUCUAAGAGGACUCGAUUCUUCGCAUCAUUAGUUCCAUUGAUUAUUAAUACUGUUUUGAGUAAACAUCAUAUUGUGAUUGAUAUUAUUGCGUUUAUUAGAAAGGGAGAAUUCCCAAUUAGUCGAUUAGGUACCAAACAAAGAGCAAGAAUUGUCGAUGCUUGGGUUCAAGGGGUUAUUCCAAUCAGUGCUCUGUAUGGAAUUAAUUUUGGUGAGAAUAGUAUGAUUAAAUUGAUUAAGGAUAUUGAUGUUAUUGCAAGAGAUGAUCCAAUAUUGGGAUUAACCAAUCCUGCUUUGUCGUAUUAUGAUGCUGAACCUGAUGAUGAUGUAUUUAAUGAGAAUAGACAAGGGUUGACGUUGAAUCAACAAUUUAACCCUGCGACUGGUUUAUCGUAUCCUCAAUCAUAUGGAUAUCCUAUUCCAUAUGGACAAAAAGCUGAGUUUUCAGUUUCUGAGUAUGACGAUAGUUUAGCAUCAGAAGAGCAAUAG